AAUUCAUAAACAGAAAAAAAACAGGAGAAAUUGAAGACAGAAGUAAAGAAAAUGAGCACAGCAAGAUUCAUUAAGUGUGUGACUGUAGGAGAUGGAGCAGUAGGAAAGACUUGUAUGCUAAUUUCAUAUACCAGCAAUACUUUUCCUACGGAUUAUGUUCCAACAGUUUUCGACAAUUUCAGCGCAAAUGUGGUGGUCGAUGGGAGUACCGUGAACCUCGGCCUGUGGGAUACUGCCGGGCAGGAAGAUUAUAAUAGACUUAGGCCUUUGAGUUACAGAGGAGCAGAUGUGUUUUUGUUAGCAUUUUCCCUAAUUAGCAAGGCCAGUUACGAGAAUAUUCACAAAAAGUGGCUUCCGGAGCUGAAACAUUAUGCGCCUAGCAUCCCCAUUGUGCUCGUCGGAACAAAAUUAGAUUUGAGGGAUGACAAGCAGUUCUUGAAGGAUCAUCCUGGAGCAGUAUCUAUAACAACUGCUCAGGGAGAAGAAUUAAGGAAGAUGAUUGGAGCCGUAAGGUACUUAGAGUGCAGCUCCAAAACCCAACAGAAUGUGAAGGCAGUGUUUGAUACAGCGAUAAGGGUAGCUUUGAGGCCACCAAAGGCAAAGAAGAAGAUAAAACCAUUGAAGACUAAGAGAUCAAGAUUAUGCUUUUUCCUCUAAUAUUUGAACAAAUUUAAAUAAAUAAA